UCAUAAUUGUAAAUCUCACAUCCAUUCAGUUCUCUUUACAAUCAGACAUGCUGGGAAGAGCGACGGCAGCGAGAUCAGCGUUGAUGCGAUUGUAUGCUGUGCAGCAACCCGCGCUGGCACUCGGGGGAACAAGAACCCGCGCUGCCACUCUGAGCAUGGGCAUGGCACUGCGACAGGCAUCAGCGCAGCCCGUGCACGGAGCGCGCCUCGGCAGCGGCGGGAGUGCGCGAUCAAUGACAACCAGCCUCAAGAUUGCUCAGACACACGUUGCAGAGGAAAUCGCAACGCACCCGGAAGCACCAGCGCCAGACCCAGUCCGGCUCACAACGCGCGACUCUGUCCAAGGUCGCCUCAUCGUCGAAGAGCUGGGCAUUGUCGCUGGAUCGAGCGCACGAAGCCGAAACUUUCUGGUCGACCUGUGGACACGUCUCAGAGGUUUUCUGGGAGGCGAGCUAACAUCGUACAGCGAAAUGUUCACUGAAGCCACCAACGAAGCGACAGAGCAGGCCAUGAAAGAAGCAGAGGCCUUGGGUGCAACAAGCAUUAUUCGCGUGCGCUAUCAGAAUGCCUGCACCGAAACCAAGAUCACGGGCGUGUCCGUGUACGUUCUGUGCUACGGAACCGCCGUCCGCUGUGUCGACCGAACGAGCGAUGCGGCACACGAGUACCUUCGCCAACUCGAGUCAGUGCCCAUGUCGUUCAGCAAGCAACAGAAAGAGAAGGCCCCGGAACCAGGCAGCGCAUCGGCCGAUGCGAUUGCCGCAGCCAAGCCGCCGGCAACACCUGUCCCGACCACCAUUGCUGAUGUAGCUGCUCCGACUGUUGCGCCAUCUCACAUCCAGCAGCAGCUGCUGUCUCAUCCGGCGCUCCUGCAGCAGCAAAUUGACCUGCAGCACCACCAAAUCCAGCAGCUGCUCGCCCUCCAGCAAGUCCAGCUCACCCAGCUCCAAUCCAAGCUCGAGGCCCCAACCCCCGAGAAGGAAGUGAUUCUCAACGUCGCCUCCUCUGCCAAGUCGACCAUUGUCACUGCCGUCCAAGAGUGAUAUUGAGGGGAGAGCCUCGUUUUCAAUUCUCGGAUGACUUUUUCGUCUGCUGUUGAAAUGUUGCAUGAUUCUGUUCGAAACAAAAACAAAACCUGCCUCUCUGUGUCUA